GAGGCGGGGAGCUGUCAGUUGGGGCUCGGAGGAUUAUCGUGGCGAAGCGCGCCUCACGUUAAACUCUAGUAAAAUGCCAGGAUUCUUUUUCUCCCACAACAACAUGACUGAAUUAAAUGGAAAAGAAGAUUGCAAGCUUGCAGAAGGCAAAGUCCAUAAAAAGAAGCAAAAGGCUUUUGGUGCAGAUCUCAAAAGUUAUUUGAAGUGCAUGGUGCCACAUAUUGAAUCUGGGAUCAAGGCUUCCAACUCUAGAAAUGUUAUGCUUUCUGCAGAGGAAGUUAUUCAGUGGUCACAGUCUUUGGAAAAGCUCUUGGCCAGCCAAAGUGGUCAAGGUGUGUUUCGGGAGUUCCUGAAGUCAGAGUUCAGUGAGGAAAACAUCGAGUUCUGGUUGGCUUGUGAGGAUUACAAGAAAACCAAGUCCGAUCACUUACAUGGCAAAGCAGAGAGGAUUUAUGAGGAGUUUGUUCAGUCAGAUGCCAUUAAGCAGAUCAAUAUUGACUAUCAGAUGAGGGAAGCAACAGCCAAAAAGGCUCAAGACCCAACUCACUCAAGUUUUGAUGAAGCCCAGAAAACAGUGUACAUCCUUAUGGAAAGGGAUUCAUAUCCCAGAUUUUUAAAAUCCAAAUCCUACCUGAACCUUUUGAACCAGCUGCAAACCAACACUUCGAAAUAAAGUGUUUGAGGCAGUGAAGAGCCAAGUAGACUCUGUGUCAAAUACCCUGUGAAGAGAUCCUCCAGAGUGGUUGGAUCUUGCCAAGGAAUAUCCCUGUCUUGGGAGGAGGAAUAUGAGGGAAAUGCAAGCAGCUCCACAGCCAAGAGAACGCAGGAUAAAAGCUGGUGAGGCUGUCACAGGGGUGAGAGCAGCACAGGGAGAAAAUCCCCUCCUCCCACACACCAUGGAGUCAAAGCAGGAUAUGAAAACUGAUGUUUUAACUGCACCAUGAACACUGAACUGUGUCUUAGAUCCCAAAGAACUGCUGAUUGUUAGGAAGUGCAAGACUUGCUGAGCAUUGGGAAAAGAUUCUCAAGUUCAGAAGAAAAGCUAGGAUGACUGACGAUUUUGGGCAUAACAAGAAAAUGCCAAAACUCACGCCUCUUUCAAAAAUCUAUGAAGUGUUAAUAAGCAUGAGUGUGAGCUCCACAAUGCUAUUGUACUAUGUAAAUAUAUCCUAAAUUGACAUGUCUUAAAAUUUAUAUGAUUUAAAUUAUGUAAGAAUUAUAUAAGCUGUAUUUUAUUACAUUUGUAUUCAUCAGGCAGGUAUGUAGCACAUUUCCUGUUUAAUUUAUUGAGAAAUAAUAAGUAAAUCUCCAUUAAAAUACAGUUAAUAAUAAAGUUUUAUAUCUUAUUUACAUCAAA